CAUAAUUUAAAUAAUUACAUAUGAAAUCCCGCAUAGCUUGAGUACUAUCUUUAUUGAAUGUGUAUUCAAUGAAAAGUUGCAACUUACAUUCUCACCCGUUAUCAUGGGAAAAGCCAUAUUCAUUGGCAUCAGUGGAGACACCCCUGAAAAGCCAGGUAGCGUUUAUUAUCCACUCUCUUUGCGCAACAUCCCCAAGCCCAUCCCGCAGGAAGGAGAACUUCUUGUACAGUUGAGAGCUUCUGCCCUUAAUCAUCGAGACGUUUUUAUUCGUCAACGGCUCAAUUCCGGUGUCGCAUUCGACGUACCCAUCGGGGCGGACGGUGCUGGAAUUGUUAUUUCGGUAGGGUCCCAUGACCCUGCGUUGCAAAAAUGGGUUGGACAGCGGGUUAUUCUCAAUCCCGGAAAGGGCUGGGAAGAUGCCAUUGACGGACCUGAUGGUAAAGAAGGCUACGCUGUCAUGGGAGGAACGAGGCACUACCGGAAAGGGACAUUCCAGGAAUACAUCACAAUUCACGAAAGAGAUGUCGAAAUAGCGCCUGACCAUCUUACAGAUGCGGAGGCGGCUGCCCUACCAUUGGCUGGGUUGACUGCCUGGAGAGCAUUGAUGACGAAGGCUGGGAUGAAUAACUGCCGAAAAGGUGCUGUCGUGUUGGUCACAGGCAUUGGAGGUGGUGUUGCACUGAUGGCAAUGCAAUUUGCUGUUUUAAGAGGUGCAGAUGUCUAUAUCACCAGUUCCAGCGAGGAAAAGAUUCAGCAGGCCAUUCGGAUGGGUGCCAAGGGGGGUGUCAACUACAAAAAAGGCAAUUGGGAUGAAACGCUUCUAGCAAUGCUCAGCCCUGACAGGCCGCACUUUGAUGCAGUCAUUGACGGCGCCGGAGGAGAUUCAAUUGAAAGGUCUGUGAAAUUACUUAAGCCCGGUGGUGUUCUUUCGCUCUAUGGAAUGACCGUUUCUCCGAAGAUGCCUUUUCCGAUGCAGGCUGUUAUCAAGAAUCUCGAUGUGCGUGGGUCGACCAUGGGUUCCCGCAAAGAGUUUCACGAGAUGGUUGAGUUCGUCAAGGCUCACGAAAUUCGUCCCGUGAUUUCGAGAAUUUUACGAACAGGCUUAGACGAUCUUCACACCAUAGACUCACUCUUCACCGACAUGCGAAAUGGAACACAGUUUGGGAAGCUAGUUUUGGAGUUUGGUGGAGGUUUUGAAAAGAGCAGGAUAUAAAGAAAUAGGUUGAUCUCAUUCGAUUUAAAAACUUAUGCACCUUGACCUCUCUGAUUUCUAUCAAUAAAUGAAAAUCCGAUUGUUUAAUUGGUAUUGAGG